UGGAUGUCGGCAGGCGAUAAAAAAAGCAACCGCGCAAAGAGGACUAAAAAUAUAAGAGAGGAUGGCUCUGCAAGGGUGUCGGCGAGGCAGAGCGGGAUGCUGUGGCGGUGGCAGCCGGCGCUCUAAAAUGUGUUCCAUGAGUUCGGUCGCCGACGAUGACUUCGAGCUUGGGGAGCCCCGGCGGGGGUCGCUUCGACUUUGACGAUGGGGGCACGUUCUGCGGCGGAUGGGAGGACGGAAAGGCCCACGGGCACGGCGUGUGCACGGGGCCCAAGGGCCAGGGCGAGUACAGCGGGGCCUGGUCCCAGGGCUUCGAGGUGUCCGGCGUGUACGUGUGGCCCGCGGGAGGCACCUACGAGGGCCAGUGGGGCAACGGGAAGCGCCACGGACUGGGCGUCGAGACCCGCGGACGGUGGGUGUACCGCGGGGAGUGGACGGACGGACUGAAGGGCCGGUACGGCGUCCGGCAGAGCAUCUCUUCGGGGGCCAAGUACGACGGGACGUGGGCCAAUGGACUGCAGGACGGAUACGGAUCCGAAACCUACGCUGACGGAGGUGAGUUUCGUCUUCUUUCCCGGACUCUUCGUUUCUGGUUGCCACAAAUCAAAAGUAAAUUUUUGUUGCCUCGACGUGGAAAGGAUGAUCAAGCCUUGGUUUCAAGGCUUAUCUCCAUCACCACCUAG